AUGGAAGGGGAUGUUUGCGCUUCCUUUUACCGACCUGGGGAAACUCGAAAAGCUCGAGAAUUCAUACCUGAGAGCAAAAAGGAUGAGAAGUACUGGGAGCGACGAAGGAAGAACAACGAGGCAGCAAAACGUUCGCGCGAAAAGAGACGACAAAAUGACGCAUUAAUGGAACAGGAGAUAGCAGAGUUGAAGCAUCAAAAUGAAGCGUUGACGCGAGAAAAUGCGGCAUUAUUGAGGGAACUCGCUGCAUUAAAACUACUAUCUCGAUAUUCUUUGAUAAAUCCGAAUGUCGUUCCGCCUCCUGAGUGA